AUUCACAAACAAAUCUCUAUCAACCUUCUGAUUGCUUUUUAUCAGUGCUGUGGAGGUGAAAAGUCAUCAGAAAAUAUUGUUAACUCGAAUUAUCACGUCAGAGAGUAAUUGAUACUAGAGUAUGCAUCGUGCAUACAUGCGAAUGUUUUGAAGUUUAGUGGUACAGCUGCUCGGUUAAUAGAGGGAAUGCCUUCGCCUAGGCGGAGCUCGACUGAAGCAGGAAGCACGAAGGAGUUGCAACCUGCCCCAUUGGGAAAUAAUGGAAAUCGGUUGCAAACGUCUACACCAUCGAUCCUUUCCGAAUUGCAGAGUACCGAAAUUGGCGAGAUCACCGAAACACCAGACUAUGAAACUCUUAGUAUUUCGGCAGUCCUACAUUACUGCAAAUGUAAAAUACUUCGUCCAUACUUGCGACUUCUAGGGGUCAUGGGAUUAAGACCAACCAGCGGUGACGAUGUAGGCUAUUACUCGUGCUACUCAAUCCUUGCCAAUCUUCACACUUUUCAAGUUUGCAUCUUUAUGUGCAUUGGAUACGUUCUACAAUACAUGGCAUGCUUCAGAAGAGAUCGUGGAUUUUGCUACACGCUCUUGCCUGUUCAGUAUGAACUGGUAUCAAAUGCCUCAAAAGUCCGACAGUACGAGCGAAUAUGUUAUGGAAGUGUAGAGUUCAGCUAUGUUAUCCCCAGCGUUCUUCAUUUGGCAGCAUAUUUAUACGCGGUAUAUCUAUUUAAAAUAAGAGAAAACGAACAGCUUCAGAACUUGAUGGAAAGAACAUUUCUCAUGUCUUCUAAUCCUUCAGACCGGGGGAGUCAGAGAAGAUUAGUGAGAAUACUUUGGCUGUUCAUUGGUCUGAGCAUUGUAUGGAUGAUUGUAGCUUUGAUUACAGUGAACAUAAUGAUGGCUCAAGGUAGUAUUGUUUUCCAGUGGCUGGAUAAUAGUCCAGAUCAAUUGAAGACAGCAUUGAAAUUGUUACUCAUCAUCUGUACCCUAUGGCACGAUAUGGUUCAAGGUACAAUUAUAACAAGCUACUGUUUACAAGGACAACUUUUAACGUCACACUUGUACUUUUUACGAGCCAAGUUACUUCAGCACACAUUGGCUCCGCUAGAUUGGAUGAAGGAAAUUAGUGAAUUUAAAAAAUUGCUCAAGUAUUUAAACGAUGAAUUUGGCCCAACUGUUUGCAUCUAUACAGUGAUAAAUUUCUCUUGGGCCGCAGCUGGGAUUUUAUGGCUGUUGAAAUACGAUAAUGUUGAAGUGCAGAGCAGUCCGAUUAUUUACAUAAGUGUCAUAAACGUUUGCUUGUGGGUCUUAAUAUCUUUGGCCCCAUUCAUACAGGCAGCACGAUUAACUUCUGCAUGCUCUACUAUUCAAGAAAUUGGACACGAAAUAAGAAUAAGACCAUUUGUCUACCAAGACACCCCAGGAUCAGAUUUGGAUACGAUAUUACUGUAUGCAUCAUCACUGAAAAUGUGUGCUAGAUUAUUUAGAGUUCCUAUCACUGGCAGGUAUUUGUGCAUGAUAUUAUCUAUCGGGAGUAUCGUCAUCUUGACUUUAGGACAGUGCCAUUUUCUAUGAAAGCUUUACUACCAGCUGGAAACUUAUUGAUUCGUAAGAGUUAAUAUAUUAAAAGAAACUUUCUAAUAUUAUCAUAUUUAGGUCACAACAGAUCAAUAUUUUAACAUACAAAUAUUUAGGUUGUGAGUUUAUUUUAAGUGUAUCAUAAAAGUAGAGUCGAUGCAGCUGUUGCCAACUCUACAAACUACUUCACCGUCGCUUAUUGUCACAUAUUCAAUUUUCGUUGAAAAUUGGAAAAAUGUCACUGCCAGACAAUGGAUGGAUCAGCAGAAAGCAAGUUCAUUGAAAAUGUAUCGAAUAAACUGGAGAGAAGACAAAA